ACGCUGAAGAUUUUUCCCCUUGUCAUUGGUUUAAUGAUUGGACUGCUUGUUUUAGCUGGAGUUGCCAUUAUUGUGUCGAUUCUCUUUUGCAUAACUAAACAGAAAUAUUCCCAGCAGGAAUCCAAGUUUCAAGAGGCGUCCUGUGCUGACAAGGCUGGAAAGACGUCUUUUCAGGCAAUCACUCCUAGUGUCAACAAAGAGGAUUCACAGACGAAACUCAGUACACCCCAAGAAGAGCGUCACCUCUUUCACCUUUCAGAAAAGGUCAAAAAUGCAAAGAGGGAGAGGGAGAUCUCAGAGAGAAGAUCUCCUUUAAUCAUAAACCAUUUGGACCAUUAUGGCAGAAGUUUCAGUCUGAAAAGAGUAGAUUCAUGCCACAUUAAAGGCUGGAGCGUCCAUAUUGAGGUGGGCAAUGACGAAGCUCUCAUAUUCAAAUUUGAGACUGUUUUUGUACUGAAGAAUAACGACAUUGUGACUAUUUGGGCUGAAGGCUGUUGUCCACCUGAUGCAGAUAAACGUUAUAAUCAGGAGUGGAAGAACCAGGCCCCAUGGAACACUGGGGAAAUAGCCUUUGUUUCUCUCUACAACAAAUCCAAUGAGUUGACGGACAGAAUAUGUGAAUGGAUGUGCUUUGAUCCACCAAUAUAAACCAGC